GGGAGCUUGCCGCAGGCGACCCAUGCGUUGUUUGGUUGUUUACGGUAAUGGUCUUCAGUAACGUUUACGGUCUCUCUUGUGCCCGGUGACAGCCGUUAGUAGAUACAUAACCAUAUUAAUCAACUUACGUCUCUUCAAGAAUAGAGAAAAUGGCAGACCAUGCUCCAUCUGUUGCCAUGGAGGCCGUCCUUAAACCCAGUUGCGACCUCCCAAAUGACAUGCAAAAGAUCAGAGGCUACGACUUCAACCAGGGGGUGGAUCUCCACGCAGUGCUGAAGUCCUACAUCAGCACGGGCUUCCAGGCCAGCAGCUUGGCCCUGGCCAUCCAGGAGAUCAACCUCAUGAUAGAGAAGCGUCUUGAGCCAGUGGAGGAGGGUGAAGGAAAAGAGUCUGAUGAACACCGCAGCAAGUCUGGCUGCACCAUCUUCCUGGGUUACACCUCCAACCUUAUCAGCUCUGGAGUGAGAGAGAGCAUCCGCUACCUGGUAGAGCACAAAAUGGUGGAUGUGAUCGUAACCACAGCUGGAGGCGUAGAGGAGGAUUUCAUUAAGUGUCUGGCUCCCACGUACUUGGGAGAAUUUGGCCUGUCCGGCAAGGAGCUCCGCCUGAGGGGCAUCAACAGGUUAGGGAAUCUCUUGGUGCCCAACGACAACUACUGUAAGUUUGAAGACUGGCUGAUGCCCAUCCUGGACCAGAUGCUGUUGGAGCAGAAAACAGAAGGCACCCGUUGGACUCCCUCCAAAAUGAUCCAUCGGCUUGGCAAGGAGAUCAAUAAUACUGAAUCUGUCUACUACUGGGCGUACAAGAAUAACAUUCCAGUGUUCAGUCCUGCUCUGACAGACGGCUCUCUGGGUGACAUGCUCUACUUCCACUCUUUUAAGAACCCUGGCCUAGUUUUGGACAUAGUGGAAGAUAUUCGCAGGUUGAACAGCCAGGCGGUGUUUGCCAAAAGGACGGGAAUGAUCAUCCUGGGAGGAGGGCUGGUCAAACACCACAUAUGCAAUGCUAACCUUAUGAGGAAUGGAGCUGAGCAUGCGGUGUUUGUGAACACGGGUCAGGAGUUCGAUGGCUCCGAUUCUGGGGCCAGACCUGAUGAGGCUAUAUCCUGGGGCAAGAUAAAAACAGAUGCCACACCUGUGAAGGUGUAUGCAGAUGCCUCUUUAGUCUUCCCUCUGAUUGUGGCCGAGACCUUCGCUCUCCACGCCGACAAGCUGACUGCUGGAAAGAAAACCGAUUAAAUGGUUGCCCCCCUUCAGUGCUCUGUUAGAAACAACCAGCUUUGUUCCUUUGGAUCUUCCCUUGUUAGACUAAUUGCAUUGCAGAUAUCAGUUUGAUCUUUAAAACAUUUCGGUUUAAAAUACAUGGUUAAGGAUUGGCAACUUUAAGAAGCAGCAUUACAUACAAUGCUGCAAUUGAAAACCUUAUUUACUGGGAGUUAGUGGUGGGGGUUUCCUGUCUUAAUGCUUAUGAAUGAAAAUGUUUACUUGUUAAAACAAGUACAGUCCCUUUCUAUUCAGAUAGCUGAAAUAGAAUACUAUUGCAUGUUCCAAAGAGACUGUCUAAAAUGCAUCAGGUUUUAGGGUGUGUGUGUGUGUGUGUGUGUGUGUGUUACACACAUGAGGGAAUGUUAUUUAAGAGUUUUGAUUUAUAUUUAAGUUUAGUUGUGGCAUGCCACAUCACUUGUAUAUUACCUUAUUGCUUCUCAGUAUCCACCUUCUUGUCACUGUUACAGGAUGGAAGAUGUGCCUGUAUAACUUAAUAAAUCAUAAAUUAAUCAUUUCUUCCCAUUACAAAAAGUCUUUGUGCAGUAGUGUUUGAGAAGGCCACAAGGCUUCCAUCAUGUGACACUUUAAUUUCACAUGACUGUGACAGAGCACAUAAGACAUUACUGCUGAUUUGUGAGGACAAAUUAAUAUUUUUCUAGUAUUAAAGUUUGCAGCUCCUCAGUUGCAUUUGAAACAUCUGAACUGCAGAAAGUGGCCACUUUAUUUGCUACACUUAUACAAUCAAUUGCAAUUUAAAUGCUCUGCCAUAAAUUCUACCUUGUAUUAUAAUGUUCAGCUUUUGAUGAUGAGAAUCCAUCUAUAUUUUUUUAUUAUUGAGGCCAUAGUUAAAGGUGGUUUUAUUUACAUAUAAGGGAGGAUAAUAUUAAAAACACGUCUAAAUAUAAUGCAGUCUGGUCCAUUGCCACCACUAACUAUGACCUCAAUGCUUUAACUUAUCAUUUACACAUGUCUGUGACACGAUCAAAAAAAACAGAACAUUAUAGGCAUAAUAAAAGUAGACUUCAUGCCAGAACGCAUAAAGUGGACACUGAGUGUAUUUACCUAUUUUAUAAGCCUUCAAUUUGAUAAGCUUUGUUUUGUUUUGUAAUUGAGAGACCUUCUGUAAACUCUGAUUCAGUUUUCAACCUUUUGAAAUUUCUCUUCUUAAUAAACAGACAGAACUUA